AUGCGCUCACUUCUCCUCCUCCUCUAUUCCACCCUCACCGUCGGUCAACUCAUUGGCCCCGUAGGCCCAACCACGCCCCUCUCCGAAAAAACCACCGAAUGCAACAUCCUAUCCUACGGCGCAGUCGCCGAUAACAGCACAGAUAUCUCCACCGCCCUCGAGACAACCUUCAACGACUGCGUGCGCCCCAACCCAGGAAGUCGACUCGUCGUCCCAGAAGGCCAGUACCUGCUCAGUCGGGGCGUGGUGCUCAGCAAUGCCACAAACUGGGCCUUCCAGCUGGACGGACUGAUCACGGCCGCGUACGGCGGGAGCUGGGAAAUUGAGCGUUCGUUAAUCCUCCAGGGCUUUGCUGGUGUUGACCUGCUUAAUGCGACUAUUAAUGGAGAGGGUGACCAUAAGUUUUUGUUAGAUGUUUUGGUGAUUGUUAAUGCCGUUGAUUUCGAGUUUUAUUCUUCCAAUGGAUUGGGCGCGUUUCAGGGACAGGGGUAUCUGUAUCGGAAUUUGAACAACACGGAUCGACCCCGUCUCGUCCGCUUGAUCUCUCCGACAAACGCCUCCGUCCAUGACCUGAUCCUGGUCGAUAGUCCCAAGUUCCAUAUUAUCCUGGACUUCGCCGUGAACGUCGAAGCGUACCAUCUCACGAUCCGAGGAGCCAACCUGGGCAGCUAUGAUGGUAUCGACGCAAUCGGGACGAACUACUACAUCCACGACAACGAAGUAACCAACCGCGACGAAUGCGUCUCCGUCAAAAGCCCCUCCCACCACGCCCUGGUUGAGAACCUAGUCU